AUGCGGGGUGCAAUGAGGCGCCGCGACCUCGGCCCAGAGCAGGAGAAGGAGCAGGGGAAUUUUUAGGUAAGCCGAGAGGGAGUGUUGAACUCUCACUGUCUUAAAACCCUGCCAUUCCUUCUCCUGGCUGAGGUCUUGGUACCUGAUAGCGCUUACCCCGCGACACCGGAUGGAUCUGUCGUGAUAUAUUGGCCCUCUAACCGGCCCGUCACGUCGUACGCUUGGUUCUGGUUCUGGUCAACCGGCGAGCUACACUUGCUGUCGCCGUCCCUAGACCUUCGCCUACAGUGGCCGGGAAUCGUAUUUUACUUCCGCGACAAAAAUCCAGGCUGCAAACGGCGAGUAAGGGUAGCCGCCCAACUAGAACCAGACCUGAGCAUACGGCGCGUAGCGUUCCGCGCGCGCCUCAAAGUGCCAAUAGACUACCACAGACGGGACCCUAUAAAGCUAAUGUUCAGCCGGGGUUGCGGGGUGGCGCUUCAGUUCAACGAGACGACUGUGGAAUAUGAUGACGGAGAUGACCCGGACGCUGUCACGUUGCUCUCCAUAUUGCUUGUCGGCCCGAGCGCACGCGGCGUAGCGUUCCGCGCGCGCCUCAAAGCGCCUAAAGGGCUGAUGUUCAGCCGGCGUUGCGGGGUAAGCGCAGAGCAGGAGAAGGAACAGGGGGGUAUAUUCCUAUCGCUGCUAAUAUUCCUGAGUGUAGCGGGGAAUAUACUGGUCUGCAUCGCGAUAUACACGGACCGAGGUUUGCGACGCAUCGGCAACCUGUUUCUAGCGUCGUUGGCUAUCGCUGACAUGCUAGUAGCUGCUGCUGUUAUGACCUUUGCUGGAGUUAAUGAUUUGCUUGGGUACUGGGUAUUCGGCGAGCAAUUCUGCGACACCUGGGUGGCGUGUGACGUCAUGUGCUCAACCGCUUCCAUUCUCAACUUGUGCGCAAUCUCGCUUGAUAGAUACAUUCACAUCAAAGACCCUUUGAGGUACGGCCGCUGGGUGACUCGUCGAGUAGCCGUCGCAACUAUAGCCAUGAUCUGGCUCUUAGCUGGUCUGGUGAGCUUCUUACCCAUAUCCCUGGGUCUGCACAGGCCUGAUGAAGAGGCCCUUGCUACCCAGAAGCCGCCCAGAUACCCCACGUGUGCUCUAGUGCUGACACCGACUUAUGCCGUCGUAUCCAGUUGCAUAUCCUUCAUACUGCCAUGUAUAGUGAUGAUUAGUAUAUACUGCAGGUUAUACUGCUACGCCCAAAAACACGUGAAAUCGAUCCGGGCCGUAACCAGAACCGUGCAGAUGCCAGACAACCGGACCAAGUCGGUGCGGACGCGCGUUCACACACAUGUACAUUCGUCCCCCUACCACGUGUCUGACCAUAAGGCCGCCAUCACAGUCGGCAUCAUUAUGGGAGUCUUCCUCCUAUGUUGGGUGCCAUUCUUCUGUGUGAAUAUCGUCGCUGCGUUUUGUAAAACGUGUAUACCAGACCUGGCGUUCAAAAUCCUGACAUGGCUCGGAUAUUCAAACUCGGCGUUCAACCCUAUAAUAUACUCGAUAUUCAACACUGAAUUUCGGGAAGCAUUCAAAAAGAUACUGACGUCUAGGUACCCACCCUGCUGUGGCUACCAAAGCGUCAGGGCUAACACACCAACGAGGAAUGACAACUUUGUAACUGAUUACGGUACUAAGACCUUGGUAGUACGCCGGAGCGGGUCUCUGGGCUUAUCGGGUGUAGACCCUACUCCAAGUCCCUGGUACGUCCUUAAACGGCGACCAGACACCGAGGAGUGGGCAGCAGCAUUCCAUUCAUUUAUCGGUGACCCAACUGCGAUCCCCAAGCCGCCUGCCAAGCGUGGGGAUUAUGGCAACCCCCUCCCCAGGGCGAGGCCUUUGUCCAGCAGUGGACGUUUUCCGGCUGAUGAUCAUGAUGAUGACUCUUUUAGUAAAGAGUACUUCUUCUCUGGAUUACGAUGA